UCCGGUGCAAUUGCUGCUGAAAGUUUGAAUUGGAAAAAUAUAUUAAAAUAUGUUAUUAAGUUUAAAAAUGAUGCAAUUAUAGUUUACGUGGACUGAUAAAACAAUAAAUGCUGAAUGUAAGGAUUGUUUGACAAUUUUGAUACCAUUAUUCAGUGGAUUUCUUCGUAAAAUAUCGUUAUUAUUUAUCUGAUACUUAUUGAAAUAUCCCAACAAAAACAAUGAAGGGUGCAUUCAGCAUUGACUCUUUGCUUGCAAAGAAGACGGACACACGACACCCAUCUCCACCGCCGACGUCAUCACCGCUGAUAUCACCGCACACGGUGACGUCAUCGAACGGUUCGAGCAACCCGUCAACACCAAGUCCGGAAAUGCGACUUUCACCGGAAACGGUCCAGCACAAGCAUCACAUGUUGAAAAAUGGACUAAUACCACGCCCAGGACUCCUGUCCCCGCACCAGCAGAUGCUUCUGCAGUCAAAUCCUCUCGCCCUGCAGGGUCUUCUACAAGCGCAGUAUCUAAAUGCCCUAAACGGUCACGCGCACCAAAGCGCACACACGCAUGGCGGACACGGCACGCACGGUACGCAUGGGAUACACGGACAUCCGGCGCAGCAUCAGCAUGGCGGACACUCCAUACCCCCUUCCCACCUCCCGAACAGCUCGGCGUUCCACUCGCCCGGGGAGCACGCGUUCAAGAUGGCGGCGCACCUGCAUGGCGGACACGGGCAGUCUCCACAUGUACCGUCGUACCUGAACGACUGGAUGUCACGUGGUGGGAUGCUCAUGUCCCGGAUGAUGGAUUAUACAGCGCAAGCGCAGAACAGCCUGAUGGGUAAAACCCGGCGCCCGCGAACAGCCUUCACCUCUCAACAGCUUCUGGAGCUUGAGAGACAAUUCAAGAUGAACAAGUAUCUCUCCAGGCCUAAAAGGUUUGAGGUGGCCACCACGCUGAUGUUGACUGAAACACAGGUCAAAAUUUGGUUCCAGAAUAGACGAAUGAAGUGGAAGAGAAGCAAGAAAAGCUUUCCAACCAAUCAGAAACCGGCGGAUAACCAAUCAGAUCCAUCCGUGGCUCAGGACGAUGCUGGUCUUGAUCUGAGCGAGACUGAAAUGGCGGAUAUGGAGAAUGAUUCGGAUAUAGACAUUUCAGAUGACCAAGACGUUGACAUUGAAAGAAGUGAUGAUAAUAUAGAACACGUGAAUGAAAGUGAAUAUUCAGGACUACAACAUGGAUGCAAUGCAAGUCUCGACUUAAGUUUAAGGCGGUUUGAAAUAAGAGAAAAUUUGCAGGGACAAUACAACCCCCUUUCAAAUUUUUCUGUGGAAAACAAACUCAUCAAUAAUGUUUCAGUCUCAUAAAAGUAUUUCACAGACUGAAAACCACCAAUAUACAUUCAGAAAUGUGCAAUCGGAAAUCGGAAUGAGAUGUUGUGUUUUAUAAUGUUUCAUAUUAUAAUGAUAUAAUCAUUUGUUUACUUAUUUGUAUUUGCCAUUAUUUUCCUAUAAGGGUCCUGGAGCGAAUGUCUGCAAUAUAUGGACCCAUGUAUCUAUAUAAUUGAAGGAAUCCAACCCAUAAAUAAGCUAGUUCUCUGUUAGAUCAAUUAAAUUUAAUCUAAACUAUCGAUACCUGGUGACUCCCAUACAACUUAAGUAUCAUUUGGAAGGCAUUUGCUUAUUAAUUUUAAAGAAUAACGACAGAAGGAACAUCAUACGUAAAGUUAUUACAAUUUAUAUAUUUGCUCUUUAUUUCAACUGAACUCGGACGUAGAGGAACUUAUAUUUUGCUAUGUUUAAAGGCCAGACAAUCUGAAUUGUUAUAUAGUUUUGAGGAAAUUGUUUACACUUACCUUUUCUGCACACAUAACUCUUGGAAAUGAUAUCAACAUAUGGGGUCACGAGGCAAGCAAAAUAAACAUAUUUGUGGGCCAGAUACCUUAAAUUAUGAUUAAUUUACUCAGUAAUUGUUUGAUAACUUCACUGUA